UAUAUCACCUUUGCUGCCCAGAUUCCCUCCCUGUCUUCUGUUCCUCUCGACUUCGCCCCCAUCCAUCGCUUUUUCUACGUCAGAGGUCAGAGGGCCCUCAAUUAUUCAGCCCUAUCCUGUACUCGUACAUACCUCAUGCAACCUGAGAUCUUGGUAUCUCAUAUCCUGUGCCGUCUUACUGUUGUUGGCUUGAACGUGAUGGUCCUACAUUGCAUAUAAGCAAUCCUCGGCGCUUCCGCCGCCCAACAACCCUGCGAGAUACUGAACAACUGUUCAUCGUUGCUGAUUAUGUCGACGCCCGCCCGGGCAAAACGGUGAUUGGCUGUAUCGCAAUCCAAAUCGCAAAUGGGCGUCGUGGACUUAUUGGACGACCCGCUUGGCGAUCAAGCGCAAGCCGCCGUGGAGGAAGAGUACGAAAACAAGGCGCAAUGGCUGGACGCUCUCCGCCAGCACGAAACCAAAAAUGCGAAUGCGCUGAUCCAUACGCCUGUCGACUCACAUCGCCGCGACCUGUUCGCCUCGUACCCACCUAUAGCUGGUCGGCCUUCGAUAGAGAGCAUCGAUGAAUGUGAGCCAACGACGCGCCCGCCUUUUCUCUUUGCCCAACCGGCACCGAGACUGACUCGUGCGCGCAGAUGUUUGGACUUUCCAAAAAGAAGAGCUCUGUCUCCAUAUCACCCCCGGCAUGGAGCAUCCGACGCUGUCAGUCAUGGUACCCAUGGCGAUACAAGAUCCGGGCUUGUUCAAAUGCCUCAUCACCGCGGCUCAGAGUUUGUAUGAACGGCGACGAAACCCGGAUCCUCGUCGCUCGGUGCGCUCCAAGGCCUUGAUUCUAGCGCAGAAUGAUGCAAUCCAGGCUCUACAGAAACGUCUGUCACAGCCCGAUGCUCCGUUCGAUGACGGUGUGGUAAUGUCGGUCCUGCACCUAAUGACUGCAGAUUCCUCAGCGGCGGAUCUGCCCGCCUUGAAAAUGCACCUUAAGGGCGCGAGACAGAUCAUUGCACUCCGGGGCGGUCUGGGCGUCUCGCCUGCCCAUCUAGCCUUGCGAGGCACCAUGGCAACGACCGAGUUCUACAUUGCACUCGGGCAAUACCUCGGGCUCAGCCCCGACGACCGGAGCGCCAUUCCCAUGCAGCCCAUCACCUACGUGGGCCACCCGUUUCCGCCCAAAGUAUGCGACUACGUGGCCAAAAUGCCCGUCGGCAUCGCCGAGGCCGCUCUCACGGGCCAGUUGAGCGUGCGGUGCAUGAAGUUGUUCGCCGAGCUCUCGCAAUGGGCGCCCCUGGCCGAUCGCGUGCAAACGGGCCAGGCCCAGCCACCACAAGACGUGCUGACCAGAUACGCUCGGCUCUACUGCGCGCCGCGAGAGUUUGCCCGGGACGCGAUGAUGCUGGUGCUCGAUCUCCAGCGGUCGGGCAUACCACCGGGGCUGGAACAUGUGACGGCUUCGGGUCUGGCGACGAUCGUCCGCCACAUGAGCGAACAGAACCCGACGACCUUCCUCGACCACAUGUCGCUCAACAUCCUGCUCGCCAAUGUGAAGGCGAUCGACACGCCCACCGUUGCCGAGUCGGAAGUCAUCAUCUGGCUCGCCCUGGUGAUCAAGUGGAGGACACAACCGGCAGGCCCGCUGCCGAAGGCCGAUGAGCUGCUUGAGUAUGCGCUCGAGUCGUUCCCGGCGACUCGGACUUGGAAGAGUAUGGCCAAGAUCUGUCGCAAGUUCUGGUGGUUCGGCCGCUUCGAGACCGAGUGGAAGGCCACUUGGCAACGUGGUCUUGAGAGGCUGGAGCAGCAGCGACGAGGUGUCGAGGAGAGAAGGGCGCCGCUUAUCCGGGGAUGAACCCUGGAAAGGGGGUUUGUACGGGUCGAGGAGAAAAAAGAACACAGCUUGUCCGGGGAUGAACCCCUGAAAGUGAUUUUGUACGGGUGUCAAGGAGAAACAGGCGACGCUUGUUUGUCCGGGGAUGAACAAGUCUAGAGGACCUUCCUUGUCUAUUGUCUAUGGCCUAUUGUCCAAAAGACAGACUAUGCUCAAUGAAGGGGCUGGAAGCACAGGAGGAGCGUCAACCAUAUCUACCCGCCAGGUUUUGCAAGAAUAGGAGGAGCGACAACCCAACCAUAUCUACCACCCCCCCAGCCCUCAGGCUUUGCCAGAAAGCUUAACCACAAUCGCCGGUCCGCUGCUGCCCUUUGGUUUCAUCCCCGCCAGGAGUGGCAGUGUCCUAUGCUAUCAAUGCCAGUACUACUAUUGCACCGCUCCCGCUCCCCAGUGGACAAGGCGAACCUCCUAGCACGCCACACGUCGCACGUCGCAUGCUGCACGUAUCUGAGGACGAGACCGGUCAUCCCUACCAAACUCCUGGUACUAGUAGGUCGGGGCCUGGACGUUCCGAUAGUGUAUUCAUACAUAGCAAAUGAAGGACCGCAUCGAAAUGUAAUGUGUGCAGCCCCAAAAAGAAAAAGGAAGAGGAAGAGAAACCAGACAUAAUGCCUCAUAUGAACCAGAGAGAGGAGAGACACAAGAACGAGAACGAGGCGAAAAGCUGCUAGCAACAGGAGGACAGACGAGACCGAGUUUUUCCAAGUUUCAUAUUCUCGAUUUGAGGCUAUGUCUGCCUACUUCAUGCACCAAGGACUCUUGUCUAUGAGCUUGAUGAGGCCCCGGGAUGGAGCUUUCUUCCUCCUCCUCCUUCUCCUUCUCCGUCUCCUUCUCCGGCCCGAUGGGAGGAGGACUGCCUUGUUUUACGGCAGAUAUCAGGUGUUGUCUGAUGGGUAUUGUGGCACCUGUGAGUAGUACUCGUAUCUCCGAAACUUCCACGGGAGCCCAUGGCUGGAUUUGUUGUUGUAAACGUAAAGUUCUGGAACGAAAGAAAGAUCCGUCG